GUUUUUGUUAGUGUGUGUUUUCUCGCCAUGAACCUGACGCCCCAACAAAAAGCAACAGCCAAGAGGACAGGCAAGCGCAUCUCAUUCUUCAAUGAGCAGAGUGGCCCACAGCCCCCACAACCCCUGGAGGUGCCUUAUUACAGCCUGGGGACUCAGGUUCAAGAACCAACCCAAAGCGAUGGAGAAACCCUAUCCGGUUCGGAAGCCCCGAGGUACCUCUCCUCUGUGAUAUUUAGCCCAGAAAAGGGGGACCGGGCUCGGGGGCACUACCAGCAGACGGUCCCUAUGAAAUGGGGGAUUCCGGAGCAAGGCAACGCUAACUGGCCUCAAGGGGGUGUCCCCGGAGUUUGGGGACAGAACUAUUCUGUCUAUGUGGGCAACAACUUGGAUAUGAACGUCCCUGGUUAUGGCAGUCAGGUUUACUCCAAACUAGGCCAAGAACCUCAACAGCAGCCCAAAAGAGGGCAGGAGAAACAGACUCAAAACCCUGCAGCUGAGGCCUACCGGGAGACUGCUCAAAGCAGGAAUGUGGAAUGGGAGCAGCAGCAGCAGCAGGCCUUGGCCAGGCAGCAAGCCCAGAUUCAGGCCUUCCGUCACGGGCAGAAGCAAGGGCCAGCACCCCCACAACCAGCGGUGGUCCUGCAGCCUUUUCAGCUGGCUUUCGGGCAACAGAAGCAACAGCUGCCACCUGGUUACUUUCAGGUCUUCCAGCCUAACAGAACUGUUUCCAACAUGGGCUUUGGUGGUCAGCCUAAAACACAACACCAGCUUCAACAGCAAGAACAAAUAAUGCAACAACAACAAUUGCAACAACAACAGAAUCAACAAAUAAUGGAAAGUUUCUACCAGAAUCACCUUCAGCAGCAGCAGCAGCUAACGUCCCAGUCUUUAGGAUCUCAGUCCCACCAACAAGGGCCCCCAGGCCAGUUCCAACAAAGCAGCUUAAACCCUGAACUCCAGAUGUAUCUAGGAGGCUCCCAGCAGACAGAGCUAGCUGCCCACCACCACCCUCAGCCCAGGAGGUCUCGGCGGCUCUCCAAGGAGAGCGCCCCUCCAGCAGCAGCCUUCCAGGGAGAGCAGCCAGGGAAUCUGUUCCUGAUCCCGUGGAGCAAGACAGCCCCCGGUUCUCAGGCUUCCAGUACUGCUGCUGCUGCCCAAAACGGGGCUCUCAAGGCAAAAGUGGCUCCCAAGACAGAAGACGCCACAGGAGCUCUCACUGGAGUCAUCCAGAGUACAAGGAGAAAGAGAAGGGUUUCCCAGGAGGUUAAUCUGCACACUUUGGCCCAGAAAGCUUCUGAGAUGGAGUCCAUUCCCCCUCCAGCAGUAAAGGGGGCUGAGGAGAAGGCCCCAGCAGAGGGAGACUCGGUCAGUGCCAAGCGUCCGCGGGAGGAGGGUCUGGUCCCGCUGGUGAUACCAGUGUCCGUGCCCGUGAGGCGAGUGGACCGGCUAUCCCCCGGCAGGGAGCAGGCAGAGGGGGAGGGAUGGAGCCAGAGAGCAGGGCCCCUGGAUAGAGCGCCGCUCGAACAGAAGGCCUCUGUCAUCGUCACCCGCAGGAGAUCCCUUCGCAAUUCUUUCUCAGAGAGCACAAACCAGGAUGAAGAAGGAACAAAUGAGGAGGAAGCAAAAGCAUGCGUCAAGUCAAAGCGACGCCCUCGGCCGGAACCCCUCUUCAUCCCCCCUCCCAAGCCGGGCACCUUCAUACCUCCGCCCGUCUACUCCACCAUCACCCCCUACCAGAGCCACCUGCGCUCUCCUGUGCGGCUGGCUGACAACCCCUUUAGCAUGCCCCCUUACACUCCCCCGCCCAUUCUCAGCCCUGUGCGGGAGGGCUCCGGACUCUACUUCAGCACCAUCCGCUCCUCUGCCACUUCCAACAGCCUCCCAGCCCCGACUCCUGCCACCCCAAAGUCUGUCACACGCAGCCUGCUCAGAUCCAACAGUUCCGAAAUCACUCCUCCUGUCCUUCCUCUUAUGGGUGAUGCCACCCCCGUCAGCAUAGAGCCACGGAUAAACAUAGGCCAUCGUUACCAGGCAGAAAUCCCAGAGCUGAGGGAGCGGUUGCAGGCACAGCAGGACGAGCACAAGGCAGACUUGGUUUGGAAACCCCUGCAAGAGCUGGAGACCAAGCAAUCGCACCAGGACACCAUGAGGAGCUUGAUGAGCCUGGCCUGCUCCAGUGCGCUUUGUGGAGGAGGGACCAAUCAGGAGCUGGCUCUGCACUGUCUGCACGAGUCUAAAGGGGACAUCCUGGGAGCCCUGGCGCUGCUGCUGCUAAAGAAGCCAAUUUUCCAGAAGAACCACCCUCUUGCAGACUAUCACUAUGCAGGGUCAGACAAGUGGACAUCUUCAGAGAAGUGGAAUUUCAAUAAUGGAAUCUCAGCUUAUAAGAAGGAUUUCUUCCUGGUGCAGAAGCUGGUGAGGACUAAGACAGUGGUGCAGUGUGUGGAGUUUUACUACACCUAUAAGAAGCAGGUGAAGAUUGGCCGGAAUGGGACACUCAUUUUCGGGGACUCGGAUAUCCUGGAUGGAAGAGACACACAGGAUGAUGCUGAAAUCAAUGUGAAGAGCUCCCAGCGAUAUGGUCCCACUUCGAGGGAAACUCCUAGACAGGAAGAGGAAGUCAACAGCAAGCAGUGGGAGGACCCAGCAAACAGUAUGCAGGACUCAACCCUUGCAAGGGUAACGCAUACACUACCGGCUAAUGAAAAUGCUAGUGAAGUCCUGGUCAUGAGGAGUCAGGAGGUGCUGAACAUGGAGAAGAAAAAAGAACCACCCCCCAGAACGAGGCUGCCACCUCCACCUCCCAAACCACGCUCAGACCCGCCCCCCACAGACAAGAGAAAGACAGGGGCCGUCAACCAAGUGCAGGACCAGGACAGCAUCUUUCCGUGCAAAAAAUGUGGCAGGGUGUUCUACAAGGUGAAGAGCCGCAGCGCCCACAUGAAGAGCCACUCGGAGCAGGAGAAGAAGGCGGCCGCGUUGAGGCAGAAAAUAGCAGAGGAGGAGGAGAAAGCAGCAGUGGCCAGAGCAGAGGCAGCUCAAAGAAACGGCGCACAAGAGGAUGAUAGCAGCAGCAGCAGCAGCAGCAUCAGCAGUAGCAGCAGCAGCAACGCAGAUUCUGAGGAGGAGGAGGGGGAGGAUAAGGACGAUAAAGACUGGCACUGAGGGGGAAGGUGUCACCUGUAACCUGGGAAACCAGACAAGAAAAGGAUAGCAGUGUGUAGCGGGAGAGAAAAAAAAAAAAACACACAAAGACACUGGACCUAACGUGAUUUUUCUUGUUUCCUCACAAAGGAAGCACACUCCCCGCCCCCACUCCCAUUUUAGGGGUUAUCAACUGGAUACUUUCUUUGUUCAUUUAUCUAUGCCAAACUUUUACAGUAUUUGUGCCCAGGUUUUGAGGGGGGGGGGUAAAUAAUUUAGCCACUACUUCUUCUUUCAACCUGUUCCCUCAAAUUUUACAGUUGGUCACUAAUAUCAGAAAGCACACCACAGACUUUGCAGUUCAGCCUUAAAUUUACAGCUUCAUCUGUCUGUCUUCGUAACAUGCACAAACCCUAUCAAAGACAAAUGUAUUUCCAAGCAAGGAAAGGAUUACCCCCUCCCGUGCCACUUCACUCAGAUGUCCAGUCCUUGGCACAGUGGUCUGACUUUGGCGUGGAGACAUCGCCUCCUUCAUCGGAAAGAGCGGGUGCUGGUUCGAGGAUUGCCACCUCAGGGGUUAGUCAGUCUUUGCCAAUGUCAUCCCUGUGUUUUAUUUUUCCCAGUUGUUUCAGAAACCGGACCGAGCAGAACUAAUUUUUCUGGGCAGAGUUUUUUUUGUUUGUUUUUUGCUUUCAUCAGAAACUUCAUUGCAGAUUUCAAAACAAAGAAAAUGAUUAAGUACUGCAAAGUGCAGUUUGUUCCCUUUUUUCACUAUCAAUGCCUUGGCUGUUUUUAAUGCUUUUUUCUAUACAAGACAAUCAAGUUCGAAAUGUUGUUUUAUAAUCAAUACUGUUAUUACUGUUCUUAUGAAUUAUUAUUAAUAUUGUUGUUAUUAUUGUUAUAAUUAUUAUUGUAUAAAUCAAGCAAGCGGCUAUUUUUCUAACAGAUGGCUGUUUUUGUUUAUUUUAUAAAAAUGGGUCAGGGAGUAUAAUGAGAAAGGUAGGCUGUGCAAUAUAAAGGACAGUGAGUAGCCUAAUUUCACAGAACAAAAUAAAAUAACCCAAACAAGGACAACACACAAAGACAAAUUCAGAACUAUGUACUAAAAGGUUAAUUAUAUAGACAUUGUUGGCAAGACAUCUGGAAGCUCACUUUGGCUUUAGCAAGUACCUUCUUAAUUUAGUAAGGCUUCGGGCCCACUGACCAGUGAAGCUUAAUAAAGGCCUCUCCUUACCACUGGAAACAACGUAACAUGUCUUAAUUAUAAAAUACUGUGGAAUUUAUUUUGCUUUAAUAUGCAAACAUUGAUCAGAAAUUUUAAACUUAUUUUAAUUAUGUAGGUGACAAUGAAAUGUGGCCCAUUGUAGCCUCAUUGGCCUACUUUUAACCACUCUAGCUGUUGUAUGAUUUGGCAGCACUUCUUAAGUCUCCCUGGAUUUGUAUCAAUAACAGGGUCACGUAUCUCAUGUGCAUAUAUAUGUACAAAACGUUUAGUAUUUGUAACAAGGAUUCCUUUAUCCCCACUGCGUAUUAGGAACCCCAGCUCAAAGUCCACAUUUGCUCGUUGUGAAUGAUGCAGAAUAGGACAUCUAUAGAGGUGCACGUAUAAUAUGAACCAAACAUUCAACUAGGCAGUCACAUCAUUUUGUACAUUAACAAUAUGUGUAAAGAAACUAUUUUCUAGUUUUAAUUAUUUAAAUUAUCAUUUUAUGAUUUUCAUAUUGCAUUUACAGUAGAUAGAAAAUGUUUGUAAAUUAAAAAAAAAAAAAAUCUCUAGCAAUCCAUGUGUAAUGCUACAGCUGUAUUGUUGCAGGCCAAAUUUAAUGACCCAAUAUAAGAGCUUUUUAUAAAAGCAUGCUUUUAUAGUAUAGAUCUGUUUUCCAGGGCUCUUGCUUGUUCUAGUCACAAACAAUGUUGAACCUCCACUGUACAGCUCUAACCCCACUAGCCUAUUCUAGGUUAAUUUCUAUAGUAACCUAAACAGGAGUUUCCUUAAAUCAUCCCCUAUUUAUUUAUAAUUCCCGGAAUUUAGGUCAGCUGCAGUGGGCGAGGGUCAGAGCCAAAUGAAACGGCACAAAGUAUUUUCUGUUCUUGCCUAAUGUCUAUGCACAGUGUGUUUGUCUCCAUGGGUGCCUUUUGGAAAAGAUGCCCAGCACCACCCCCCUGCAAACUCCCUUUAUUGAAACACAGAGCCAUUUAAAAAAAAAAAAAAAAAGAAACUGCCUUACUGUCUCUUUUUGUAUUUGUAACGACUAAAGAUUUAACAUUUCGGAUCGCCAAAUGGCGCUGUGACAACAUUUUUGUACGCUGUAAUAUAUAUAUAUAUAUAUAUAUAUAUAUAUAUAUAUAUAUACACACAAAAAAUAAUAAUAAUGAACGCUAAGCUUGCACUUGCUUCCUGUACAGUUGUGAAGGAUUUGAACACAGAAAGUUAUAUAUAAAUCUAUAUUAUUCACAUUUUAUAUAUUGUUUUGAUAAGAAGCAAAGAUACACUAAUGUUGGCGUAGAAGUUAUUUGUCAGUGCAUUUAUUACAGUGUAACUUAUUUGUUUCAAUAUUUUUGAUUUGUUUCAAUUGUGUUUUAAACAACAACAAAAAACACUUUCUAUUAAAAAUCAGAAAAUGUA